AUGGCCAGUCCAAAGCAGCCAGAAAGCAUCCUACGAAGGGACAGCACUUCAGAAGUUGGUUCCACUCGAGCUGGAUUGAUCCAACGACCUUCCAAGAAGACAACGCUGGCCUUGGAGUCGCAAGAGGGUAGCAGUACCAGCAGCAACGAAGCAUCUGGCGAGAAGGGUGCUGGAGGCGAUUCGAGCCUGGAUAGGCUAGGUUCGGGUAGUACUGGUGCAGCUGGAAUCGCAUCUGGUGCAGUCGGCGACGCAUCGGGCAUCGGGGGCAACUCGACUGGAGCAGCGAGACGAUCCAGCACUGCGGCCAAUUCCUCCAGGAGAAAUUUGACAAAGGGGGAGAGCGAGUCUAGAUUGGGCUUGGGUGGCAAUGGACCUCCCAGAAGAAUGACGAUGACGAGCGAGAGGCAGCUGUUGGGAAGAACGUUGACCAGCUUGUUGACUCCUGAAAGGCCUCUCGCUGCUGCUCCAACGCACUACCGGAGCUUCAUCAACAUCAUCAAGUACAACCCGCUCAACAUCUUGUUGCUCUGCAUUCCAGUCUCUUGGGCUCUUCAUUUUGCUCUCGAUCAAACUCAGAAGACUCCUCAGCUCGUCACCUUCAUCAUGUCCUUUUUGGCCAUCAUGCCCCUCGCCGCUCUUCUUUCAUACGGUACAGAGGAGGUAGCGCUGCGUGUAGGCGAGACACUCGGAGGCUUGCUCAAUGCUACCCUAGGAAACGCCGUCGAGCUCAUCGUGGCCAUUCUCGCAUUGAUCCAAUGCCAAUUGGUCAUCACUCAGACUUCGCUGAUAGGCAGUAUCUUGUCCAACUUGCUGUUGGUGCUCGGCAUGUGCUUCUUUGUAGGAGGUAUCCGCUUCAAGGAGCAAGAAUUCCAACAGACAGCAGCUCAACUCAACUCUUCCAUCUUGGCAAUGGCUGUUAUCGCUGUGCUCAUCCCAGCCGGCUUCCACGCCACGCUGGGCAUAGAUGUAACGGACGACUUGGAAAGGUCGGAGCUUUUGAAGGUGUCGAGAGGCGUCUCUAUCAUUCUGCUCUUCAUCUAUGCUGGCUACCUCUACUUUCAACUGAGAUCCCACACGCAUCUCUACGCGUCUGAGGCAGAGGAGGAGGAGGAAGUGACACUUUCUCUCCCCAUGGCUGUGGGCCUAUUGGUAGUCUCUACUGUGCUCGUCGGCGUCAGUGCGUAUCGCGUCAUCUCGAACUGACGAGUCAUUGUUCCCUUCAUACUGACAUGUUCACUGGUCUUGAUAACCACAGCAUCCGAAUGGCUCGUGGACGCUAUUGACGGCUUCAGCGACAACUUUGGGGUCCCCAAGACCUGGAUCGGAUUGGUUCUUUUGCCGAUCGUAUCCAACGCCGCAGAGCAUGCCACUGCAGUCACCGCAUCGUACAAGAACAAGAUAGACUUGGCUAUGGGUGUCGCGGUCGGCUCAAGCAUCCAGAUUGCGAUGUUCGUCAUUCCCUUGCUCGUCGUUAUCGCUUGGGGCCUGGACAAGCCGCUCAGCUUGCUCUUUGAUCGUGCGUGCUUCGCUGACGUGUCGACGCACUUGUACCACACUGAUAGCAUUCGUUUUCCUUUGCAGCAUUCGUCGCGAUCCUGCUCUUCUUGGCUGUUCUCAUUACAAAUUACGGUGAGUCUCGCUGUGUCACUCGCUCAUUCUGUUCACCUUGCGGCUCGAGUUGACUUGUAUUCGACAUCAUUGCAGCCAUUGCGGAUGGACGCUCGAACUACAUGGAGGGUUGGCUGCUGAUGAACACAUUCAUCAUCAUAGCCUUGGUUGCGUGAGUAUUACGCUUCAAGUCCCACGCCCCUACUUUUUCAUCUCUUUGCUCAUUCUCAAAAACAUAUCCAUUUUUAUCCUCUCAGCUGGUUCAUUCCGGACGGAGGGUCUCUCUUCUCCGACGAUUACUGCAGGACUGGAGUGCCCUGA